AUGUUAAUACUGACCAUUGUAUACUUCAUCUCGCUUCCCGUGCUGACAACAAGACUGGUGAUGGGAGAAUCCACAAUGGAUGAGAAGCAUCCGCAGCCAAUGAUAAGCUCGAGGGUGGUCCGGACUAAAUACGGUGACAUAAGAGGUUUUAUUGUUACGCCAGAAUCGAGAUUCUUAGAGCCAGUGGAAGUGUUCCGUGGUGUACCUUAUGCAUCGCCGCCAAUCGGUACGCUUAGAUUCAUGCCACCAGUAUCAGGUGCACAAUGGUCUGGUGUCAAAAUAGCCGAAGAGUUUAGUCCAGUGUGCCCACAAGUAUUACCGGAUAUAAGAAACGAGACAGCAGUACUUAAAAGGAUAUCAAAAGGGAGGUUCGAGUACUUGAAGAGAAUAUUGCCCUUCUUGACAAAUCAGUCGGAAGAUUGCCUGUAUUUGAACAUCUACGCCCCAGCUCAAGCCGGCGUGAGGGAUGCUGUGGCCCGCUACCCAGUGGUCGUGUUUGUUCAUGGCGAGAGUUACGAGUGGAGUUCAGGCAACCCUUACGAUGGUACCGUGCUUGCAUCCCACGCUGGACUGGUGGUAGUCACAAUCAACUAUAGGCUAGGAAUAUUGGGUUUCUUAAACCCUCGAUCAGAUGAAUUCCCUCGCUCUCCAGCGAAUUAUGGAUUGAUGGACCAGAUAGCUGCUCUCCAUUGGAUAAAAGAGAAUGUGGCUGUAUUUGGAGGCGAUCCAACAAAUGUAACACUGAUGGGGCAUGGUACAGGUGCUGCGUGCGUUCACUUUUUGCUUACAUCAUUGGCUGUACCUGAAGGGCUCCUGUUCCACAGAGCAAUACUAAUGUCGGGAUCAGGACUUAGUCCGUGGUCGCUGGUUGCAGAUCCAAAUAAGUACGCGGCAAUUAUCGCGACACACGCCAAUUGCUCACCAGAGCUCAAACAACCGGAACUGCUGAAGUGUUUACGAGAACGGCCGCUAGAAGCACUGCUUUCUGCACCAGUUCAAGUCCCUGACUUCUCGUAUGCUUUCGGCCCUAGUGUUGAUGGUGUUAUUAUAGACACAGGUGACUUACUAAUAUCUCCUGAAAAUGGCUAUGAAUGGGGAGGGCAGCCAAUAGCACGAGCACCGACGGGCAAGCAGGUGCAGAAUGCCAUCAACAUCAUCAACGCAGUGUUUAUGAGGAAAAGUGCUGUGGCACAGCUCACCAAAUAUGAUUUAAUGUUGGGCGUCACGAAAGCAGAAGCCUAUUUCGCAUUCAGCGGCGAUGAUGUCCAAUAUGGUAUUGAAGCUGACAGAAGGUCCAAGAUAUUGAAAUCCUUCGUUAGGAAUACCUACAGUUAUCAUCUAUCAGAGAUACUAGCUACUAUUAUCAAUGAAUAUACUGAUUGGGAGAGACCAGUACAACAUCCUAUCAAUAUAAGGUACACAACGAUCCGGGUCUAUUUCAGAGGUUUUAAUUUUUAG